AUGGGGCACGUCCUCCUGGGGUACACGAAAGAGAGGGGGCGUAAAAAUGAACUGCACGACAGGGAAAGCGUGAGAAAGAAAUUUGUGUCCAAAAUUGGAGGAAGGCCAUUUUGGCUAGAUCGAAUAAACUUACUCUCACAAAAAGAGUUCCACUGCUUCCUCUGUAGUAAGCUCAUGUCUUUUCUUCUGCAAGUGUAUGCUCCUAUCGAUAAAUUCCAGCACUGCUUUCACAGAUGCCUGUACGUGUUCAUAUGUCUGUCUUGUGGGAACCAGGUGAAGUGCUUCCGGACACAGCUGCCAAGGAACAAUCCAUUUUAUGAGUACAACUUGAUUGGUGGGGGUGGCUCGGAGGGGAGUAGCCGCCCCGGGGGGGGGGAUGAUAAAUCCGACAGGGAGGAAGCCUCGAAUGAUGAAUAUGAUUACAAUCAUGAUGAUGACCAUGGUGAGCGUGGCGACGAGACAGGGGAGCUCUCCCCCGAAGAGGAUGCGGCGGCUAGCGAGGUGACCACAACGGACGGGUCAAACGGCGUUACCCCAACCGAGGGGUCAGACAGACGAAACAGCCAAAGAGACGCCACGCGGAUAAACAAAGAUACGGAUUACCUGACCCUGUUAAUACAGAAAGAUAAGAACAAAUUUGACGAACAGAUGGAAUACCUCUUCUGCUGCAGAAUCUGCGGCAUACCCUGUGCGAACAAAAGGGGGAAGCACAAAGAGUGCCUGCAAAGGAGGCACGUCAUAUUUAGAGAGAAAAAGAUUUACAUAGAUGAUGAGGACGAUUGCGUGAGUAGGAGCACUGGGUCGUGGAGCUCCUCCGGGGAGGAUGAGCUGGUGGGGCACGAGGAGGAUGAGCAGCCUGAUGACCAAUCGGAUGGGCAACCGGAUUGCCAGUCGGAUUGCCAGCUGGACGGGAGCGAAAUGAACGCGUUUGAGGAAAUACAAAAGGAAGUGUUGGCAAAGCGCAACAUCGAUCGUGUGUUCCUCUCCUACUGCAGCAAAUUAAGGAGGUUCCCCAAUCAGCUCAUUCGUUACUCCUACAAUGGGGAUGUGUUACUCUCAUCAAGCCAAACGACGAAUUGCAAUCAGAAUAAUGUGUACGACCAGAGUUUGCGAGAGACCUACUGCAGUGGGAGGAGUCCAAAAAGUCCAAAGAAGUUGUCCUUCUCCCCUGAUGGGUCCUGCCCCAACGGGAUUAUUCCACCACAAUGUCACGUGUGCAAGCGAAGAAAAGUCUUUGAGUUUCAAGUCCUCUCCACGAUUAUAAACUAUUUAGAGGUAAAAAAAAAUCUGAUGACAACGGAGGAGGACCCGCUCUCUAACUUAAAAUUCACCUACAUCUCUGUCUACACCUGUGAGCGCAACUGCGACACGUUCGAUAUUAACAGUGUGCAGGAGCGGCAGAGGUUGGCAGAGAAUAGUAGGUACAUCCAGGAGUACGCCUCAGUGCAGGCGGAGCAGUGA